AUGGGCGCCAAUGCUGCCGCCUUCGCGUCUCUACUGCGCGGCGCCACCGAUCUCUCGCAAUGCCGCUGGAUCCUGGAGCAGCUGAUCAACAGCAGGUAUGCUGGUGACAUCUUCCUGGGGAAUUUGGCGCUCCAGAUGUUUGGGAAGCUGCAUGGCAUCGGCGACGCCAGGGCUUUGUUCCACCGGAUGGCACAGACCGGGCGAAAUCUCUUCUCCUGGUCGAUCAUGAUCUCGGCACUGUGUCGCGACGGGCAUCACCGCGAGGCCCUGGGGUGUUACCACGCGAUGAAUCUGGAAGGGGGCAUUGAGGCCGAUAUGGUGAUCUUGUCCACCGUCAUUGGCGUUUGCUCCGCGCUCCAGAAUCUCUGCGAGGGACGCAAGCUCCACGAUCGCGUCGCUGGCUGUGGCCUGGAAUCCGACACGGUCGUACACAACGCUUUGGUGAGCAUGUAUGUGAAGUGUGGCUGCUUGGACGAUGCUCGAGCGGUCUUCGACACUACUCCGACGCGAGAGAAGGAUGCCGUCUCUUGGAACGUGAUGAUGGCUGCGUACUCCUCGCGAGGGACCCGAUGCCGUGAGCUUUGUCACCGCCAUCUCGGCCUGCUGUGGAUUAAAAGACGUGAAGCAGGCUAGAGCUCUGGAGGAGCUCAGUUGUUCGCAUGGAUUUUUGGAGACCAG